UUUUUUUUUAACCAAUAAUAUAGCCACCAUUUACCUAGCAACUGGUCAACAACAUGGCGGCGCUUCGACUUUUAACAGAUAAAUAGCAGCGGAUCACUAUUUCACUGACUGUGGAAUGGAGGACAAAGAAUCUGAAUCUUUUUCACAAGAUGUGAGUGUGCUAGAAACAGAUUUGAGUGCUUUCAAUGUAGGAGAACAUGAUAAUGAAGAGACAUCUGAAGAGUUGAUAGUGAGAGAUAACCUACCAAAUGAGGAAUUGCAAGAUGGUAACAAUGAGAUGAUUUCUAAUUUAGAGGAAGGUGAUCCAGAGAUAAGGGAAGUUAAUAAUGACUUAGAGGAUAAUGAUAUCCCAAAUGAAGAUAGUAAGGAAGACAAUAACCCUGAGGAAGAUAAUAAUGAAUUGAAAGAAGAUGAUAAUCCUAAAGAAGAAAGUAAUGAGUUAAUGGAAGAUAGUGAAGAACAACUUAAAGAUGUUUCAUUGACUGAUAAAGAAGAUAUAGCUUUGGAUGAUAAGGAUGUGCAGCUUUCUGAGACAGAGCUAGAGAAAGAAGCACAGGAUCCCAUAACAGAAGAGCAGCCAGAUAAUGAAGAUUUGGUAGAAGACAGUGAAUUAAAUGCUAUCAAGCCAGAAGAUGAAGCUAGCAAAGAAGAGGUCAACACACAAACUGAACAUCAUGCUGAACCUAAAGAAGAUCAAAAUAUUCAAUAUAUGGAUGAUACAAUCAAAGAAAAUAGUCAUUUGAAUGCAGAGAAUUAUGCAGAAAUAGUGGAAAGUACUGAUGUGAACUUCAACAGGAAUGACUCACGGGGCUCAACUGUGGAGGACACAGUACAAGAGUACAUAAAAAAAGGCUCAAAUUCUGAAGCAACAGCUACAGCAAAAUUUGUAAUGAUGCCAAGUGGUCAAGUAGUCACAUUAGCUUGUUUACUGAGCCAAACGUUGCAGGACCUUAAAACACAUUUUUCUUUGGAGCUCAAAAUGCCAAGCAAUUUGAUAAUGCUUUUGUUUGAUGGCAAAACCAUGCCAGAUACAACAACUCUAGCAGAUCUUGGAGUGGGCCCCAAUGGAACUAUACAACUUGAGAUCCUGUCUGCUGAUCCUGUAAAUACACCAUUGAAGCAAUACCGACCACGCCAAGAGUACCAUAUGCCUGAUGUCAUUACUGUUAGGGUGACAACAGAAGACUGUGAAGCGAAAGAUGUUGUGGUUGAAAUAGAGAGAUCCAGAAAUAAAAAGCCAUUCCUAGGUGGCUUUAGAAACAAAAACACUGGUGUAGAGUAUCAUAAUGCAGCUGCUCAAACAAUGCAGAAGCAAAGACCUUUAGCGACAUCAGAGAGGUUUUGCAGAGAUACCCAGACGUGUGAACAGAAAAACAAUCUUCAACAAACAUUCAAUACGACAAGCACACAGAUGACUGGCAUUGGAUGCUACAUCUCAAACAUGGAAGAUAAACUGCUCUCACCAAAACAUUAUGUCACUGCUGAUGAGCAUCAUGAAACGUUUCUCACAAAAGUUAUUAUUUUGCAAAAGAAUUUUCGAAGCUGGCUGGCGAAGCGCUAUGUUAAGAAGCUUAAGGAAGAUAAAGAGAAACGUCUGGCUUGGGAAAGGAGAGAAGAGCUUCGCAAAAAGAAAGAAAAGGAAGAGCGAAUAAAAAAAGAGUAUACCAGGAGGAUAAAUCCACAUUCUAAAUCCGACUUUGAUUUGCUUCUGCAUUGUCUAGAGAAAUGGCGUUUGGAAGAAAUUGAGCGAAUAAAUUCUGAUCUUACUGGAGCUGAGCGGAAGGCUGCUUUGUGCAUGCUUUUGGAUCAAGAAACAGAACUCUUAUCAGCUAUUGAACGUCACAAGAAUGAAGCUAACCAAGAAAACAGAGAAAAGCAAAUUAUGGCUUUCCUGGAAAAGGCUGCGGCACCCAAAAAGUGGGCUGGGCCUGAUGGCAAGCUGACCUUUCUGGACACACCCUACACUAUCCGAGCCAAAGAGUUACGAGACAUCUAUAAUAGUAUCAAUAUGAAGUAUCUCACUCAAGAUGAACGCUUAGAUGUUCUUCUAACGCUGAAACAUACUGUCAAGGAGCAUGACUGUAAACUGACUCAAGAGAUAACUGAACUGAUUGACAGAGAAGCUGACCUACUGAUGAGAGGCGUUAAAGAAAGCAAUCUGACAGGGUUAAGAAAGAGAAUUUCUACACUGUAUUUACAGUACAUCAAGACACCAGCUUUCAAUCCUGAGGCUGCUAGAUUGCUCAAAAUUCCUCAAGACCCAAGUACGCUACGCAAAAACAUCAACUACUGCCGCAGUUGUGGCUCUUAUCUACCGUCUACUGAGUUCUUCAUCACAUCUAACACCAGCAGUGUUGGCAGAUGCAAGAAAUGUGAGAAGAUUGAGAACGAUGGUAGGCAAAGAGAGGAUCACAAUUACUACCGCGUCAUGCUUAAAGCAUUGCGAAAGUCUGAGGAAGCUUUACAGGAUGGCAGUAGCAUUUGUUAUCUACUGCAGGAAAAAGAUCUUCGUUAUCUGGUGGAAAAUAUCUGGAGCAAUCAAAGUGUGUUGAGUGCUUGGGAUGAUAUCUACGACCUUGUCCUUGCUAGAUGGGACAAACAUCAAGAGUGGUCUCCCUGGAACUGUAUACUGCUGACCCAUGAUGAGGCAGAGGCACAUAAGAAACUCUUCAGCUUGGAAGAAGGCUAUGGACAAGUGUUUAUACACAAGGUGACACAGAAACACAACUUUGCAAGAAACUAUUUCUCACGCCUCCCAGGAAUGGCUGAAGUUCUAAGAAAGAAAAUCGAUGCAUCUGAAAAAGAAAAAACUAAAGGCCCAUCUGUGGCAGGGCACUCAGUAGCCAAGGCUCAGAAAGUUUAGUAAAUAAUAUUUUAAUUUCACUGAAAAGUUCUAAAAAAAAAAACUUGGUUCAAUAAUCCAAAUGUUUUUUUUAUUUCAUAAAGUUGAUUGCACAUAGUUUGAAACGUGUGCAUUGAGUUCUGAAUGAGCGACUGGUUAACCAAAGGACAUUAUUUUAUUAUGCACUUGGUUUUGUCUCUUUGGUUAAAGGGAACAUAAGUAGAUGAGGAACCAAUAUUUAAGUUGUCAAAGUUUAUAUCUGGAGUUUACAUUUUGUGAUAGGAAUGUAGUUUUACAUUUUAUAUCUGAAGCCUACAAGCUAGGAAGAAUUUUAUAUAUGGCACCUUCAUUUUUGAUGAAACUUAAGGGAAGUUUAAAAAUAUAUUAUCUGGAUCCAACGUUUUGUGAUAAGAACUCUUGGGGAGUUCAAAAAAUUGAGAUCUGGAGUCAACAUUAUGUGAUAUGAACAUAAUGGAGUUGUAUAAAUAUGAUAUAUAACACCUAAAUUUGUGAUAGAACUUCAGAAUUUAACAUCUCGAGCUACACAUUUUUUAAUAAAUUUAAAAAUGAUAUACUAUAUAUUUUGAAAUUUGAAAAUUAUUGAUGUUUAUUUAUAUAAGACUUUCAAUAUUUAAUUAAAGAUCCAUUUCAAAUGACAAAUAAAUAAUAUGAGUUUAAAUAUAUGUAUAACUACCUAUGAUUGUAUUGUUAUUUAUUAAUUACAUAAUAAGGAUUUCAUCUGGAAACAUAAGAAAAAUAUUCUCCUACAUGUCUGACAUGGGCAGUAUUGUUUAUUCUGGAAACAAUAUUUAUUUAUGAACAAAUUGUUCCUAUAUAUAUAUAUAUAAGAAAACUGGAGAAAUAAAAAAAAAAAAAAAGAAAACUCCUAAGUCAACUAAAAGUUUAAUCAAUAUUACUGUAUUCUCAUUCGAAAAGAAAUCAAACAUAUGCAUAGACUACAACAGAAAAUAGGCAGGCAUAAGAAAAUGUUCAGUUUCUUUUCAUUCUGACAUAACUGAUUUAAUCUUACUGUGUACAUAUCACAUUAAGGUCAGAUAUACAAAGGAUCAACUUGUAUUGAAUAAAUUAUGCCUGAAUGACUUCUGGACUCACUAUAUACAAAUAAUUGUGAAUAUAAUACUAUGUUAGUGCAAAAAACACCUUUCAUAACAGUUUAAUUUCAUUAUUGUAGGGAUUAGAUUAUAUAUACAUGUAUAAAAUCAGAAAGACCUGCUUCCUUCUGUAGAUAUUGGACAUGUUGCCCUUUGGAGCAUUGGGACAAUAGAUAGAUUGAUAUUCAACCUGAACCUAUAAUCUUUUUCUUUCUUUACUAUAACUAAAAUCAAAGCCCAUACAAAAUUCAUAAGAAAUGUUAAUUCCUCAGAGGGAAAGAAAAACAUUCUGUCUUCUGUUGUAUUAGCAUAAAUGUUUGUAAAUGGGGCAGAUAUAGAGAUAUCCCAAAGGUUUGCAAAUUAAUCCUUGUUCCUUGUUCUAAUAAAUAUAAAUACCAAUGAGAAACUUAGUGCUGAAAUAAAUGAAUGAUGCAAACAUGUUACAAAUAUUAUAGCAGCACUAGAAAGCAACAUUUUUAACAAGAGAAAACUGGGGAAUCAGAUAUGGCAAAGCUACACCAACUCUUGGUUAAGACAUGAACCCACACCCACUUUUCAACUCAGAAAUUCAACAACAUAAGGAAAGGUUUACUUCUCACAUGACCAUUAGGAUUCCCCAAAAAUAAUCCUUCAAUUAUUGCUGUUAACUAUGUCCUGCAUUAAUAGCAUGAAGAUACACAAACCACCCAGACCUCAGCCACACUUGCUUCAUUAGCAGUUCAACAGGCCCAACACUAACAACGGCACAAGUCUUUCCCUUAAACAAAGACCUUGACUUAAAUUUCUCUUCUAGUGCUACUAUUGUAUAAGAAACAUUCAUCACAUACUAAUAGAUAAAGAGAUGAUCAUUACUCACUAAUUCAUAAUUAUACUGUUGUCAUCUUAUAAAGUCAGAAUUUUUUUUUUUUUAAUAAAUAGGAAAUUAUUUAAGUUCUGUAUAAGUAUAGGUAAAAGAGGCUAUGAGUCACUAAAUGUCAAAGGUCAAUGCACGUUAUUGGGCAAACAUUCUCAAGGUCUAUAUACAUUUAAAUAUUUAAUCAUUACACUAAAUCAUAGGAAUAUCUUGGUCAUCAUACAGAAUUUAUGUUUUCAAGAACUACAAACAAAAUGUGUGUUUGUGCAUGUUUCAUAUGUAUUGAGGAGUAUUAAAAUAAUGUAUAACCUUACAGUAUUUACACUAACUUUAAAAAAAUUGAUGCCUAGAAUUAAACAAAGAAAAGCAUUAAAUUACAAAAGCAAUGUAUGUAAAACGUAAGAAUAUACCUGUUAAUUGCAGCAGUAACAAUUAUAAGGCAAUUAAUCGUCUAUUAAAGUUUGGGAAGUUUAUUGAAAUAUAAUUUACAAU